UUGCAUCUUGUCAUCUUGAUUGAUCCCCUCCUUCUUUAGCAUUGGUCAGUACCUCGACUCUGGUUGGCAAAGAGAGGAGGAUUUCUGCAGGGAGGGCUAGGUUACAGUCUCGGGAUGCCAGGUACCGCUCCUCAAAGCAAAAAGACCUGAGGAAACCCCUGGAGAUGAGGAGAGAAGAGGCCGCCUACUCCUUGCCUGUGCACCAGACCUUCCUUCUCCUCUACUCUCAGGAUGCUUGCUGCUCAUCAGAACAUGAAUACUGCCCUGCACAUGGGCAUCGCCCGCUCUCCACCUCGCAACUGGAGAGGAAUUGGGAUUUCUCUGCUGGUGGUUGCCAUGCUGGCCUCCAUUAUCAUUGUGGCUAUCCUGAUGCUCACACCAGAAGACCCUCCGCUGGGCUACCGCACCCCACUGACGCUUGCUGAUCUGGAAAGUGAUGAAUUCCAACCUCAGCACCCCAAGGUACAUUGGCUAACAGAAGACGAGUUAGUGGUGCUGAGUGACACAGGAACUAUGACGAAGUGGCACGUGAGCCAAAAGAACAGCACCCUUUUGGUGGAGGACAGAAAUCUGCAUUUUUUGAAAGCUUCCCAUUUCCAAGCAUCUCCAGAUCUGCAGUUCCUGCUUUUGGCUUGUGAUGUGCAGCAGGUUUUCCGCUACUCUUUCAUGGCCCACUACCUGAUCUAUAAUGUGGGCACCAGAGAAACCAGCCUCCCAGAUCUGCCUAAAGCAGAUACAACACAUCUACAAUAUGCAGCCUGGGGAGCCCAGGAUGAUCAGUUGGUAUUUGUUUUGGAUAAUGACAUUUACUAUCAACCUAGCGUCACCAGUCGGGCCAAGCGGAUCACUUCAUCUGGACGCCAAGAAGCUAUCUUCAAUGGAAUUUCUGACUGGUUGUAUGAAGAGGAGAUCCUGCAAUCAGCCUCUGCACAUUGGUGUUCCCCUGAUGGCGUUUGGCUGGCUUAUCUUAGCAUCAAUGACUCCAUGGUUCCCAAGAUGGAGCUUCCCCGCUUCCUGGGAGGAAACUACCCAGCCAGCCAGCACUAUCCAUACCCAAAGGCUGGCCAGCCCAUCCCAUCUGUUCGGCUUUUCGUGGUGAACCUUUCUGGGGUGCUUCGCGCAUUGGAGCUCCUCCCUCCCGAACCCCUCCAGGGCAGGGAAUACUACAUCACUAUGGUAAAAUGGGUGACUCAUUCCCAGCUGGCUGUGCGAUGGUUAAACAGGCCGCAGAACAUGUCUCUAUUGAGCCUUUGUGAAGCUGCCACAGGAGCUUGUACUGAGAAAUACAAACUGACAUCGGACAUCUGGGUGGACAUGAAGCAAGGAGUGCCUGUCUUUUCUGAAGAUGCUGAAACCCUGUUUCUCCCUGUGCCAGUGAAGCAAGGCUCUCGUGGGGAUUUCUACCACGUCACCAUGCUUUCCACACAGUCCAGCCGCAAAGAGAGCAGUGUGCGCCUCCUGACCUCUGGAAACUGGGAUGUCACCAGGAUCCUGGCAUACGAUGGGCAUACCAGGCGCCUAUAUUUCCUGAGCUCAGAAGACAGGCCCAGCUCAAGACAUUUGUACAGUGUGGACCUGGACAGCACCUUCAAUCGCACCUGCGUGACCUGUGCCUUGCGCCCCGGCUGCUCCUUUGUGGAUGUCCUUUUCAGUCCCAGGAGAAAACAUUUUGUACUGUUCUGCAAAGGACCUGCAAUUCCUCAAGUCUCUGUUCACUGCACAGCAAACCCCCAAGACUUCGUUCUUCUGGAAGAGAACCAAUCUUUGCAAGAUGGGCUUCUUCAUAAGGAGACUCCAUUGGUGGAAUUCCGGACUUUCCGGCUGGCUGGCUUUGACCUGCCUGUGCGUGUGACUCUGCCACCACCUCAACAGUGCACCUUCUGCCCAUUGCUUCUGAUGCUGCCAGAAACCCUAGGAGGCCAGCUGGCGACUGAGGAAUUCCACCUCGACUGGGAUACUGUCCUCUCCAGCUAUCUGGGUGCAGUGGUGGUCCGUUUUGAUGGCCGGGGCUCUGGAAACCAAGGGCUCAAGCUCUUGCAUGAGGUCAGCCGCCAUUUGGGCUCCUUGGACUUGAAAGACCACGUAGCUUUGAUGCAAUGGCUGCUGCAACUUCCCUAUGUGGAUCAGAGGCGCACAGCGGUCUAUGGAAAGGCCUAUGGAGGUUUUUUGGCACUGAAACUCCUGGCAGCAGAAAACCUCUUUAAAUGUGGCGCAGCCGUGGCACCCAUCACCAGUUUCCGUUUCCACACUGCCACCUUCUCUGAACGCUACCUUGGAAUGCCAGCCCGGGAGGAUGCAGCCUACACGGUGGCCUCUGUCUUGGAGGAAGCUGCCCGCCUCAAGGACAGAAAAUCCCUGCUUGUGCAUGGAACUGGUGAUGCUACAGUUCAUUUUCAACAUACAGCUGAACUUCUUGUCCAGCUUCUAGCUGCAGGGUCCAACUACACCACUCAGAUCUAUCCAGAUGAAGGCCAUGUGUUCGUUUCAAAACAGAACAAGCAUCACCUUCGUCAGACGCUCUACUCCUUCUUUAAGAGUUGCUUUGAGGAUUCAAAGCAUCGUCACUUGCUAGCAGAUGAAGACGAGGACUCAUAGUGGCUCCUCAAUAUGGGAUUUGAACGACAAACCAGUGCCAAUCCUCCAUGACUUUUUCUCUGCUGUAUUGACAUGUCUUGGUUGUAUUUUGCACAUAUCAAGAGUCACUACCCUUUGGAUACUGUGUUAAAGCACACAACUGGGCACUGUUUGCAGAAUUAAAGUAUCCAGCAUGUUGUCACUUUAAGAUUUACCA